AUAUAAACAUUUUAAAUAAAGACCUCAUGAACCAAUACACAACAGCAGGCUAGGGUUUCAAGGCCAGAAGCUAAAGCUUUUGAUUAAUGUAAUCUGCGAAUUUUGGAACACAAGUUUUUCGGUUGAAAUUUUGUUACGAAGAUGGGCAGAAAACGGCCGUCUCUAGACUUUCGAAUGUCACCUCAAAACUGUCACGAGCAGCAGAUCGAAAUUCCCAGCGACGAAGAAGACGAGGCCAACGAAGAUUUAAGCCUGGGAAUCUUAGCCAAAGCAAAGCGAAAUAAAGCGAUUGUUUUAGAAAUUAUUAGCUCAGACGAAGACGAGAGACCAGCCAGGCCCGUGGUUCGAAUUCUGGACGAAUCCCACCUUCAGACCGACGAUAAUAAUGAUAAAUAUAUUGAUGAUCAUAAUAACAAUAAAAAGGACGAAGAAUACACAGGCGUAGAAUCUUCCGGUGAUAAAAAAUGUUUAGAGAAGGAAAAGAUUGACUUUGAAGCAUGGGAAACGGACUAUGUGUCUGCUGAAAUCACGCCUGGUUCUGUAGGUGAAAUCAAGAGCAGGAAGAAAAAGAAAAAGAGGAAGAAAAGUAAUCAGACCUUGAAUUUUAGCACACCUGAGGUAACAGUGACAGGAACAAAAGAAGUUGCAGAAAAUAUGGUGAUUCAAAAGCUUCUUAUUGAUGAUCAUAAUCAAAAUUUGAAUUUAAGUACAUCUGAAGUUGCAGACACCGAAACAAAAGUCGUAGAAAAUUCAGUGAUGCGAAAGCUUCUUCGUGGACCUCGCUACUUUGAUCCCCCAGAAGAGCAGGAGCAACUGUGCUAUCAUUGUGGAGAACCUGGCCAUAUUGCAGUAGAUUGCACUGUGGAGCGGCGUAAGAAACCAUGCUAUGUUUGCGGGAAUGUUGGACAUGGAGCAAGGGGUUGUCUACAGGCUACAGAGUGCUAUAUAUGCAAGAAAGUUGGUCACAUUGCAAAGAAUUGCACGGAACAGCGAUCAAAAGGUGAUAAAAAAGGUCAUAACUUCUCAAUAUGUCUUCGAUGUGGGGACAGGGGGCAUGAUAUGGCAUCCUGUCAGAAAGGUUACAAUGCAGAGGAUAUAAAGCAAAUUCAGUGCUAUGUUUGUAAGUCUUUUGGUCAUUUAUGCUGUAUCGAUGUCAUGGAUAAUUGUACAAGAGAGGAUUCAUGUUACAACUGUGGUGAGAAAGGCCAUACCGGUAUGGGAUGUGCAAAAGAGCGAAGAAGAAAGGGUGGUGAAGGGCCUGCAAAAACAUGCUUCAAAUGUGGAGAAGAAGGACACUUUGCUCGUGGUUGCAGAAGAAAUGCUAAUCUUGAUAGGUGGACGCCUGAUGUAGCAAACCUUGGUGAUGAAUGGGUUCAAGAUGAUGCUAACUUCUUUGGUUUUCGAUCAGUUCCUCGUGAUUUUGGUAAGGCACCUCGUUGGGCAGACAUGGAGUCAGAUUUAGGGAAGGCUGCCACUCCUGGGGAUUUUGGGUCAAGGAAUGGCUGGAAAAGGAAACUUGAAGACUUGAAAGGAACACCCCAAAGAAUGAAUACCUGGGAUUCUCCUGUAGGAAAUUUGGACUUUGGAGGUUACAAAAUGGGCUCGGGCAGUAAUGAUCAAUGUACCACUUCAAAAAUGUCUAAGAGCCAUUCCUCUUUUUCACCAAAUGGUUCUCACCAUUCCUAUGGUUUUCAUAAUAAGUAUAAUUCCUAUAAGUCUAAGAAAAGGGAUGGUUGGAAAAGAUCACGUUGAAUGCAAAUUGCAGGAAAUGUGAUAUCAGCCUCUGGAACUGUUAUAACAAAUUGAAAAGAUUGAGGUAUAUCUUGACCAAAGCAGGAAGGAGCGUUUUGUGAGAUGUUGAAAUUGACAUUAUAUGCACAUAUCCAAGUCUAAGUGACUUGGCCUCAUAUCUGCCUUCCUGAUAAGGUAAGGAAGCUAGAUUAAGGGCUCUUGUAGGGCUCUUCUCAAGGGCUUACAUUUUCCAAGCUUUUUAAAAUGUGACCGUUGAUGCUGUUUUCAUGUUCAGCUGCUUGUAAGGCACAUACAGCGAGUGUUUAGAGCUUUUAUUUCCUUUCACUUUGUUAGAAAGUUGUGACAAAGUUUAUAAUUGGUCAUACUGUCUGCUUUCUUGUAUCAUUAAAUGUAAUUGUACAAUUCACUUCAAUAUGCCUUGCAUGGCAACGAGUUCUCUGGAGUUAUUGGUUCUCAUUGUUGCUGAAUUGACACUUUACCCCUUAGCUAAUUUUUGAUUAUUUUCUUCCAUCUAUCUUCAUGCUGAUACAUGAAACAAUUAGUCUAGAGCUCAUUAUUUACUUCUGCAAAAAAAUCUAAUGCAGGGAGUGGCCUUGUAGUGUUAAA